AUGAUGAUGAAUUUGAGUGUGAACCGAUGCAUCGCCGGUGGAUUUCCCAGCUGCAGACUCGAUCAUGGUGGUGAGGGAAGGUGGGUCCGUGUGGCUAAGCAUUGUGAGCUUGAGAGAGGGAAAAGUUCAAGGUUCGAUGGUGUUUCAUCACAGAAGACAGAGAGCAAACAAAGUAUUAAACUUGCCAUGUUUGGUAGCGGUUUAGUUGGAGUGGCAAACUUAGUAACUCUUAGCUCAGCAAAAGCCGCAGACUUGAAGAUGAUUGUCUUGGAUCAAGCCACUUCCGUUUACACCUUGGCUGAAGGAACCCUUGGAGAUUCGGUUGGAAACUUCUUGUACUCAGCUAACCAACAAGCUAAUGAAGCUGUUCAGGAUCAGCUUUCAGCUCUCAGUGUAACAAGUUUGGCAGUAAUAUUUGGGGCAGGACUUGUGACGAGUCUUUCUCCAUGUACACUCAGUGUCCUGCCUCUGACACUUGGUUAUAUCGGUGCAUUUGGGUCUGGCAAAAGCAGAGGUCAGGUUAUUGGAGAUGCAGUUGCUUUCUCACUGGGAUUAGCAACCACCUUAGCACUUCUAGGGAUAGUAGCCUCUUUUGCCGGGAAAGCAUAUGGUCAAAUAGGACAAGGACUACCAGUAGCUGCAUCCGGUCUUGCUAUUGUAAUGGGUCUCAACCUCCUUGAGGUGAUCGAACUUCAGCUUCCAUCUUUCUUUAACAACUUUGAUCCUCGUGCUGCAGCUGCAAACUUCCCAUCUAGUGUACAAGCGUAUCUAGCCGGUCUCACAUUUGCACUUGCUGCCUCACCUUGUAGCACUCCAGUUUUAGCCACCCUUCUUGGCUACGUGGCUACUUCCAGGGAUCCAGUAAUUGGUGGAAGCUUGCUCUUAACGUAUACAACAGGCUACGUUGCUCCACUCAUCCUCGCUGCUUCUUUCGCUGGAGCUUUACAGAGCUUACUUUCGUUUAGAAAGGUCUCUGCAUGGAUCAACCCCAUAAGUGGCUCUCUUCUACUGGGAGGAGGUUUGUAUACUUUCUUGGAUAGGCUUUUUCCUGCUGCUACUAUGGUCAUGUAA